AUGGAUUGCAAUGCACAGAAGUUGUGGGAAAAUCAGCGAGAUAAAACAAAACGUCCUUCGUAUGAAGACUUGAUAGUGUUCAUACACGAGCAUUCUCGUACAUUGCAGUCACUCCAGCUCUCCCAAACUGCCAUUUCUUUUGUGGAGAACAAAUCUCCAAGGUCUCUCGCUGUGGCAAAUCAUGCUGCCUCAGAAUCAACACAAAAGUGUGCCGCCUGUAAACAAACACACUACCUAUUCCAGUGUGAAUUUUUUCGAGUUCAAACCCCUCAACAGCGAUUUGAGUUAGUCAAACGAAGUAAUUUGUGCAUAAACUGUUUGAAGUCCACACACCAAUCCAAAAACUGCAACAGUGGCUCUUGCAAGUAUUGUCAAAGAAAGCAUCACACGCUGCUUCACCUUCCCCCGUCGCCGGCAUUGUUCGUAACAGAUGCCCAACAAUACAUGCAACCUGUAAUCCCGAUGCUCCAGAAGCAGUCGCAGUUUGUCAAUAAAAUGUCGCUUGCUCCUACCGUUAUACAGUCAAGUGAUACCGUCGUCACUUCGGUCGGUAAUUCGCGUUCGUUGGCGUCGCCGCCGGUAUUAGCGCCCUUCCAUGCUUCGUCCGGUAACGUCGCACCUUCCUCCACAACGUGUCAAACAGUUAUACCAGUUCCAGUUAACGAUUACACAGUGUUUCUUUUCACCGCUCUUGUGAAAGUUCGAGACAAUCUCGGACAAGAUCAAUUCGCACGUGUGUUAUUAGACAGUGGGUCUCAGUCAAACUUCAUUUCCGAAUCGCUAUGUCAACGCCUUGCGUUACAUCGCAGCAAAGUCAACGUACCAGUAAGCGGUAUUGGCCAAGCCAUCAUGAACGUGCGUUACAAAGUUUCAGUGCAGUUCUCUUCGAGAUUUGAAUCUCAGCAGCAUUGCAUGGAAUGUUUAGUACUACCUAAGCUAACCGUCAGCUUACCAACGAAGUCAGUAAACAUCAGUGCGUGGAAAAUCCCAAAACAUCUUCCUUUAGCAGAUCCUCAAUUCAACGUUAGCCAUGGUAUUGAUCUGAUUGUCGGCGCUGAGCUGUUUUCCAUGAUACUGCAAUCAGAGCAAAUUAAAUUCAAUGAACAUCUUCCAGUUCUACAGAAGACCAGUCUCGGAUAUAUCAUAGCAGGUAAAGUUCCUACUGAAGCAUCUACGCCAGUCACAUGCCUUGUGUCUACUUUUGAUGAUCUUGACGCCAAGGUUAAACGAUUUUGGGAAGUAGAGAACUUUGAUCAUUAUAAAACUUACUCAGCCGAGGAACAACAAUGCGAAACUCAUUUCGCUACCAGGCAUAUUCGCAAUGCUGAAGGAAGGUACAUAGUUCGUCUACCCAUUCGCCAAGAAAUGCUCCCUCACAUCGGCGACACGUGGGCUACGGCAGCUCGAAGGCUUACAGCGGUUGAAAAACGUUUACGAGCGGACGUCGACCUUCGAAAUAGUUACGUGCAGUUCAUGGAAGAGUAUCGACAACUUGGUCAUAUGGAGGAGGUGCAGACUCGCGUCGCGGUGCCCCAGUUUUUCCUACCUCAUCAUGCAAUCUCUCGUCCCGAUUCGUCUACUACAAAAACCAGAAUAGUUUUCGACGGAUCUUGCAAGAGCAACAAUCAUCUUUCGCUGAAUGACGUUCUACUUACCGGACCUACUGUGCAGCCUACUCUGUUGGCUACUGUGCUCAAUUUUCGCAUGCAUCGCUAUGCAAUGACAGCGGACAUAGAAAAGAUGUACCGACAAAUUCUAGUUCAUCCGGAAGAUAGGCCACUGCAACAAAUUCUAUGGCGUCAGAACGAGUCCGAGGCGAUCAAACCAUACUAUCUGAACACGGUUACGUAUGGUACCUCGUGUGCUCCCUUUCUUGCAACAAGAACCCUGAAUCAGCUUGCCGAGGACGAUGGGGACGAUUUUCCGCUAGCAACACCCGUAGUAAAACGAGAUUUUUAUGUAGAUGAUUUACUCACCGGAUCAGACAACUUAGAGACCCUUGUAAAAACAGGACAACAGUUAAUCGAAUUACUGAACAAAGGUGGAUUUUUUCUUCGGAAAUGGAGUGCCAACCAUCCUGCUCUUCUGGAACAUAUUCCGGAAAGGUUUCGUGAGACACUUAGGGCUGUAGAGCUUGAUCAAUCGCCUGCGAUCAAAACUCUCGGACUACUAUGGUUUCCUGAGGAAGAUCUUUUCGGCUUCAAGAUUCCGCAGUUUUCAAGAAUCGAAAAGGUUACGAAACGAAUCGCGCUCUCUGAGAUGUCACAGCUCUUUGAUCCUCUGGGUCUAAUUGGACCAGUUGUAGCCAGUGCUAAGAUGUUUGUCCAACAAUUAUGGCUUGAAAAUCUAAAUUGGGACGAUGAGCUUCCGGAUAAAUUGCAGUCAUGGUGGCUGUCCUUUCGAGCUUCAAUUGACACUAUCGGACAUCUUCGUGUACCCAGAUGGGUUCUUAGUUCAACAGCAGUAAAUUGGGAUCUUCAUUGUUUUACUGAUGCUUCAGAGCGCGGAUAUGGUUGCUGCAUCUAUGCUGUAUCGUCUAACAGUGAAUCUACCACAAGCAAUUUACUUAUCGCCAAAUCGCGAGUAGCUCCAGCAGGUGGCCUUAGUAUUCCCCGUCUUGAACUUUGUGCUGCUGUGCUUGGUAGUCAAGUGGCUGAUAGUGUACUACAAACAAUCGGAUUCAGUGGAUCUAUGACGUAUUGGACCGAUUCAACCAUAGUACUUCACUGGAUCAGGUCACCACCUUCAAAAUGGAAGGUUUUCGUAUCCAAUCGUAUCGCAGAGAUUCAACGGCUGACCAGAGACUAUAAGUGGCGACAUGUUUCUACAACGGACAACCCAGCAGAUCGAAUAUCGCGAGGAGUGGAACCCCAGCAACUACUGCAUGACAGUCUGUGGUGGAAUGGGCCAUCGUUUUUGUUACUGUCCUCGGAAGAUUGGCCAGAAUCAAUUAUCGUUACGUCGCCGUCUCUGACGGAACAACAAAUGCUGGAACGCAAAACUACCGUUGCCCUUCAUUCGCAUGUACCUGACACUUCAAUGAUUCACGCCUAUUCUGAACUUGCCCCUCUUCUCAGAGUCACAGCGUAUUGUCAGCGAUUCAUUGCAAACUGUAGAGCCGCUAAAUCAGAACGCAGUCAAGGGUCGAUUACGGUACACGAGUACGAUAAAGCAUUAAAAACUUUAGUGCGCAUCGCUCAAGUCGCUGAUUUCAAGGCGGAAUUGAAGUAUCUUGAAGGCAGAGGUGGAGGUUCACUUAAAGGAUUUCCAUCAAAAUCAUCGAUCAAAGAUCUCGACUUGAUCAUCGACACUGGUCUACUGCGCGUCCAUGGCCGUAUCUCUAAAUCAGCAGGCACGUACGACAGCCGAUUUCCGAUGGUAUUACCUGCUAAACAUCAUCUCACGAAGUUGAUCGCGAAAUCAGUCCAUCAUCAAACGUUACAUGCAGGACCUACACAACUGCUUGCUACUCUCAAACAGCGUUUUUGGCCUGUUCGUGGCAGAGAUCUCGCUCGAAGGACAGUUCACCGUUGUAUUACGUGUUUCCGCUGUCGUCCAAAGAUAAGUAACCAAUAUAUGGCUCCACUGCCAGCUGCUCGCAUUACUGCCGCGAAGGUCUUCGAGCACACUGGGUUGGACUACUGUGGGCCGUUUCUCGUUCGUCCAUUAGCGGGAAGAGGCGCUUCGGUAAAAGUCUGGGUCGCAGUGUACGUGUGUUUCGUCGUAAAGGCCGUAGUGCUGGACAUCGUCGCCGGGAUGUCUGCUGCAGCGUGCGUCAACUCGCUUAGACGCUUCGUGAGUCGUGUCGGUCGUGUACGUAUAAUACACUGCGAUAACAGCACAUCAUUCGUCGGCGCGUAUCGCGAAAUAAAGGAGAUGCGACAGCAGUUCAUCGAACAGCUGAAGUCCAGCGGGUGGCUCAACGAGUGCCUAGAAAAGGGUAUAGAGUUCCAGUUUAUUCCACCAAGAGCGCCGCAUGUGGGUGGACUCUGGGAGGCUGCGGUGAAAUCAUUUAAACAUCAUCUUGUCCGCAUCAUGGGAUCAUCUCCGUACCAUUUCGAUGAUUUGCGUACAGCUGUUUCACAAGCCGAGGACAUCAUGAACUCUAGGCCUUUAACUCCGCUUUCGACUCAUCCAGAUGACCUCUCUGUGCUGACACCGGCGCACUUUCUUAUCGGAGAACCAACCUUUUGUCUUCCUGAGCCAGAUCAAUCCAACAUUCCUGUUAAUCGACUCUCUCACUUCCAGGCGACUCAGCGAUCCAUGCACGAUUUUUGGAAACGCUGGUCGAAGGAGUACAUCAGCCUUUUGCAUCAACGGCCAGCUAAGUGGCGGAAGAAUCCGACACUUUUUCGCAUUGGGUCAAUGGUCCUCCUUAAGAAAGACAACACUCCACCAAAACAAUGGCCUCUUGGGCGCGUCAUUGCCGUAUUCCCAAACGAGGACAAUAUCGUACGUGUGGUGGAUGUCCGCACACAAGCCGGUAUUCGACGACGUGCUACGACGGAACUUUGCCUGUUACCUAUCGAUGAAGACCAGGAAAUACGUCCAUCUGAACGUGUUGAUUGA